AUGAUCCGUAAAUAUGAUAAAUACACAUGUCAAUUCAAGCACAAUGUGCUUCAAGAAUAUCGUCCUGAAAUUUACAGUUAUGAAUUUAAAGCAUUAGCUAAACGUUUUAAGAUUAAAGGUGGUCAUAAACUUAUUAUGAGUUGGUACCGUCGAUGGAAUGGUGAUGUUGAUUCUUUAAAGCCAACAUCUAAAGGUUGUCGAUCACGUACAAUGACACGAAAACAAGUUAGACAUCACAUUUUAGAAUUUGUCGAAUCAAUGAAUAACAAACAUGUAGCUGUUGAUUAUAAUGUGGUUCAGGCACAUAUUGAAUCUGUGCUGAAGCGAAAAGUACCGAUACGUACAAUCAGACGAUAUGCUGACAAUAGCUUUUGGGAAAAUAUUGGUCGAUUUAGAAGGUCAUUACAACGAAUAAACAAUGAUCGAUUGAUCUUUAUUGAUGAAACAGCUAUAUAUUCUAUUAUAAUUCAUCAUAAAACUCUUGUUACUCCUGGUGAACAACCAUUAAUUCUAGUUACACAACCUUCAGCAUAUGCAAAACGAUAUAAUUUUGUUGGUGCUAUUAAUGGUUCUCAAUCGAUUGCAUGUAUGACAUUGACUCCAGAAGAUCGUAACAACUGGCGAAUCAAAGGGAUUAGACAAUGGGUGAUAAAUAAAUGGAUUACUGAUGCAUUAGCACCAGUAAUCAAUCGCUUAAAUAUUGACAACACUUAUCUUAUAUGUGAUAAAAGUAGAGCUCAUAACGAAGCAAAUAUGAUUCAAGCAUUACGAGCUGGUAAACGUAAAUCGGUUAAAAAGAUUUUAUAUAUGUCAACAGCAUCCGCAAAAUACGUUUUACCAGUAGAUGAUUCACUGUGGUACUCUUUUUAA